GCUCAAGAAAUUCUAUAAUGAGUCGUACUUUCACAUGUUUGGUGUCGAACUGGGCACCGGUCUGUUGACAAUCCUGUGGUCCUGCACCGUGUCCAUCUACUGCCUAGGGGCGGUGGUCGGCUCUCUUUUGGUUGGGCCUCUCACUGGGUCAUUUCUUGGAAGAAAAUGGACGAUGGUGUCCAUCAACCUGCUGUCCGUCGCGGGGGCCCUGCUGAUGUGGGGCUCCAAGAUGCAGACGUCAUUCCAGAUGAUCAUCGUGGGGAGGACCAUCAUGGGGGUGCACAAUGGCUGUGCCAUUAUGGUUGUUUCGAUGUACCUGGCCGAAGUGUCGCCGCCCAACCUGCGGGGUGCUAUAGGAACCACUCAACAGUUGUUUAUAACCGUCGGCAUUCUGGUCUCCCAGAUAUUGGGGCUUCAACAGAUUCUUGGAAGCGAAGAAAGAUGGCCGUAUCUGCUGGGCUUUUACGUCAUCCCCGCUGUCCUUCAAUUCUUCUUCAUGAUGUUUCUUCCCGAGAGCCCAAGGUGUCUGCUCAUAGACAAAGACGACCCGGAAGCUUCAAGGAGAGCACUUGUGAAGCUGCAGGGGGCACACGUCAAUCAAGAAGUCUACAUGCAGGAGAUGAAGACUGAGCACGAGAACGAGCUGAAGGAACCAAAGAUGAGCCUGCUAGCCCUGGUCAAGUCUCGUUCCCUGCGUACUCAGCUGUUGAUCUGCGUCGUGCUCUGGGUUGGGCAACAACUUUCUGGAGUCAAUGCGAUUUUUUUCUACUCCACGUCGAUCUUCCUCCAGUCGGGGGUUCCUGAGGAGUAUAGCGACUACGCGACUAUCGGGGUGGGAGGAAUCAACGUGCUGAUGACAGUCGUCUCGAUGAUGGUUGUUGACAGGGCAGGGAGGAAGGCCCUUCUUCUGUGGGGUGUCGCCACCAUGGCGUUCUCAUUUGCCGUCCUGACGGUUACCCUGGGUCUGACGGAGAAUCUGUUCUGCGAGUGCGGCUGUCAGCAGGGCCGGUGGCCAACCGGAGUCUUGGAUUCUGCAGGCGCUUGUAUUCUUCCCAAUGUGACAGAACCUACAUUCUUCAUAUUUUAUUUCACGACAGGGAAUCCGAACACCACGACGUCGACUGCUCCGUUUGUGAACCCGUACCAGUGGAUCUCUUAUCUCAGUAUUGUUUUUGUUGUCAUCUACAUCAUCGCCUUCGCCAUUGCACUUGGCCCGAUCCCGUUCAUCAUCACUGGUGAGAUGUUCCGCCAGGGGGCGCGACCUGCCGCCUUCAUGAUCGGCGGCAGUGUCACCUUUGUCGCGAAUGGCGUCGUGGGAUUGGUGUUCCCCAUACUACAGGCAAGGAUUGGUGCCCUGACAUUUCUCAUCUUCAUGGCGGUUUGCGUUCUGCUGUGCAUCUUCAUCGCAGUCAAGGUGCCCGAGACCAACAACAAGACAUUCGAAGACAUCCAAAAGCUGUUUGGUGAUCAGGAAGACGCAAGCGGAGAAGCACCCAAUGGCAUAGCGAAUGAUGCUUACGAGGGUACAACAUAUUUGUAG